CGGGAGGCGGAGCGUCAUACAGGAAGACGCGCGCGUCACGGAAUCCACUGACUCUCUUCAGUCAAAUCCGCGCUCGCAUCAUCCAGAGAUGUGCAGACAUCGCCUCUGGCGCGCCUUGGCUCUCCUCUGUUUGCCGUUUUUGGGAAGCGCCAUUGAUUUUAAAACGCGGACGGGACCGCGAGUGACGGACAAGGUGUUUUUUGACAUCACCGUCGGAGGACACGAGGUUGGCAGGAUCGUGAUCGGUCUGUUCGGAGAGGUCGCUCCGCUGACCGUGCAGAACUUCGUGGCUCUUGCCACAGGAGAGGUCCUCUCUGCAGAAGGUUACGGGUACAAAGGCAGCAAGUUCCACCGGGUUAUCAAGGACUUCAUGAUCCAAGGAGGAGAUUUCUCCACUGGAGACGGAACGGGAGGUAGAAGCAUCUACGGAAGCACGUUUGCUGAUGAGAGCUUCAGGCUCAAGCAUCUGGGCGCUGGUUGGGUCAGCAUGGCGAACGCCGGACCCAACACCAACGGCUCGCAGUUCUUCAUCACUUUAGCCAGAGCGCCGUGGCUGGACGGAAAACACGUGGUCUUUGGCAAAGUCCUGGAGGGGAUGGCUGUGGUUCACACCAUCGAGCUUCAGGACACUAACGAUCGUAACCUGCCCUACACCGAGUGUGUGAUCGUCAACAGCGGCAAGAUCAAGCUCAAAGAGCCCUUCGUCGUGGAAGUGGAGGGAUGGUGAACCGUUCUUCAUCGUCUUCAUCAUAUAUUCAUGUGACUAUACGUUCUGUGACGGUUUCCUCCAUCAUAUCCUCAUUCAAUUCUUCUCUUAUUAUGCAGGCACUUUUAAUACGGAGUCAUAUGUGUGUAUCUUUUUCAUGCUGAAGAAUGCUUUACUGCAAAAAUCAACGACACGUGCGUUUAUUACGAUCCUCUGAGUGCCAUAAGACACACAUACUUGAAUUGUGUUUGAAAACUCGACUAUCUGAAUUACGACAAGAAACACAAAUAAGCUCUUAAAAUAAUCCGUCUUUUAUUUAUUGAGAAAAGAUGUAAAUACGGUUCAUUUUGACUUUGUUUUGCAUUCAUAUUUAGCAACCACUUAGUAGGUUUUCACGACAUACUGUUUCAGUGGAUUUCAACAAUUAAUUGUAUAUAUUUAUUAUCUGAAAGAAAGUUUCGUAAUCAAGCAUAUCAUUUAAAUUAGGUAUGGCUUUGCUAAACACAAAUCUGUUUUCAGCUCUGUAUUAUGAUGUAUUUCAGAAUGAAACAAAAUAUUCACUGAGCAACUGAAAGUGUUUAAUUCACAACCAUGAAUUAAGAGCAUAAAUCGAGUGGGUUUGGAUUUCAUGUUGACUUUAUGAUCAAUAAUGCUGCUGUCUGUGUAUAAAAUACUCUUCUCCUGAA